CUAAAUAUAUAGAGAUAUUUGCAGCAUGAGUUAAUGACUUUAAUACGGUAUGCACCAAAUGAAAUAAUAUUUUGGCAUUAUGUGGAUCUCGAGAAAAUACUUUCAUCUCCAAGGGGCAACGGGCAUAAAGUUCUGGGUCUUGAAUUAUUUCGAUAGUAUUUAUUAAGAAGAACAUUUUCUUAACAACCCAAGAUUCAUUAUUUCAAUUCAUAUUAGAAAACUAGACUUGCAAGCUUUCUAUUUCUUGCUUGCUUGUUCAGAGUUGAGAGUGAAAGAACUACAAAGACGUCCUCCACUGUAGUCUUUAGUCUGUAUUAUAAAUUGUCGAACUCAGCCAAACCAAAUGGAAGCAAAAAAUACUCAUUUCAUGGAAAGAGGAAAUUCUACUUCUGUUUCUCCGCUGCAACAAACUUCCCACCAUGAUGAACUCUUCAUGCGGCAGAGGUUGCUCUUUUCAGAUAGUCUCAAGGAAUUGAAGAAUCUGAGGAAACAGUUGUACUCAGCAGCAGAGCAAUUUGAAGUAUCUUACAGCAAAGAAGAUCAGAAACACAUAGUGGUGGAUACAUGUCAAGAUUAUGCCAUUAAAGCAUUGGUCAAUACAGUGGACCACUUAGGUUCUGUGGCGUUUAAGAUUAAUGGGCUUUUGGAUGGAAAGAUCUGCGAACUAUCAGGAACUGAGCUUAGGUUCUCUUGCAUUGAACAGAGACUUCAAACUUGCCAAUACUUCAUUGAUCGCGCGGGUCUUUUUCAACAAUCAUUGGCUCUAAAAUUUCCCAAGCAUCAUAAGCAGUACAUUAUUCCAGCUAGGACAACCAUGGAUGCUGUUGGCCAAUCUCAACCAAAAUAUCACAAUGCUAAAGAAGACUUAUGUCAGUUCAAAGUUGAUCGAGCAACACUGAGUGACACCUCUCCAGCAGUAGUCAGAAAAGGGCACUCUGCACUGUGGUCUGCUCAAUCCUCCUCAAGAUCUGGAGCUUUUCAGUUCACAAAAGCUGCAUCGAAGAAAGCACCGGAGAAACGAGCAGUCUCCCCACAUCGAUUGCCAUUUAUACGUUCUGGUUCUCUUGCUAACAGAUUAACUACUAUAAACUCUUCCGCAGACAGACCACGGCACCCAUCGGAGCCCCGGAGACCAGUUUCAUCGUUUAUUCAUGUUGAAAGAGAGGGAACAAAAGAAAUUACAAAACAUUCAAGCAAAAGCAAACCACUGUUUAAGGCCUUGCUUAGCAUGCACAGGUCCAUGAAGGAAGGCAUGCUAUACAAAUAGUUGGAGGAACUAAAAGCAGUAUGAUAGGAAGCUGAAUGGCCAACAUAACAUUAUCUUUAAGCCUCCUAUUUGUCUGUUUUGGUCUGAAACUCUCAAAUUUGUAUUUACACUUUGUUUCCAAGUUUAUAGCUUUACAAUGUGCAGUUGAUAGCUCCUC